UCGCGCCCUCGCCGGCGCCCCCGCCCGUCGCCCGCGCAAGCCAGGCAUGAAUGCUGAGACUUGCGUCUCUUACUGCGAGUCGCCGGCCGCUGCCAUGGACGCCUACUACAGCCCGGUGUCGCAGAACCGGGAGGGCUCGUCGCCUUUUAGGGGAUUCCCCGGCGGCGAUAAGUUCGGCGCAACUUUCCUGUCGGCCGCUGCAAAAGGGCAGGGAUUUGGGGACGCCAAGAACCGGGCCCGCUACGGCGCCGGGCAGCAGGACCUGGCGGCACCCCUGGAGAGUGGCGCCGGGGCGCGGGGCUCCUUUAACAAGUUCCAGCCUCAGCCUCAGACCCCGCAGCCCCAGCCGCCCGCGCAGCCGCCCCAGCCGCAGCCGCCCGCGCAGCAGCCGCAUCUUUAUUUGCAGCGAGGCGCCUGCAAGACACCCCCGGACGGCAGCCUCAAACUUCAGGAAGGCAGCAGCGGCCACAACGCGGCCUUGCAGGUCCCCUGCUACGCCAAAGAGAGCUCCCUGGGGGAGCCAGAGUUGCCCCCCGACUCUGACGCCGUGGGCAUGGACAGCAGCUACCUCAGUGUGAAGGAGGCUGGGGUCAAGGGGCCCCAGGACCGGGCCAGCUCUGACCUUCCCAGCCCGCUGGAGAAGGCGGACUCGGAGAGCAACAAGGGCAAGAAGCGGCGCAACCGCACCACCUUCACCAGCUACCAGCUGGAGGAGCUGGAGAAGGUCUUCCAGAAGACGCACUACCCCGACGUGUACGCGCGGGAGCAGCUGGCCAUGAGGACGGACCUCACCGAGGCGCGCGUGCAGGUCUGGUUCCAGAACCGGAGGGCCAAGUGGAGGAAGAGGGAGCGCUUCGGGCAGAUGCAGCAGGUGCGGACCCACUUCUCCACUGCCUACGAGCUGCCCCUCCUCACCCGGGCUGAGAACUACGCGCAGAUUCAGAACCCGUCCUGGAUCAGCAACAAUGGGGCUGCCUCGCCGGUGCCGGCCUGUGUGGUCCCCUGUGACCCGGUACCUGCCUGCAUGUCCCCUCACGCCCACCCCCCUGGCUCUGGGGCCAGCGGUGUCACCGACUUCCUGAGUGUCUCUGGGGCUGGCAGCCACGUGGGCCAGACGCACAUGGGCAGCCUGUUCGGAGCGGCUGGCCUCAGCCCGGGCCUCAACGGCUAUGAGCUCAAUGGCGAGCCGGACCGCAAGACCUCGAGCAUCGCGGCGCUGCGCAUGAAGGCCAAGGAGCACAGUGCGGCCAUCUCCUGGGCCACAUGACAGGGCCCCUCCCGUCCGGCCCCGUGUCCUCCCCCACCUCGGGGCCCUGGCUCCGCCCAAGCUUCCCAGGCCCCCAGCCUCCCACCUAGGAACCUGGCCUGGCCCAGGGGCCUGACCCUCAGCACUUUCAGCCACCCCGAGUCUGAGGCCCUGCGGACUGCUGGGGGGGAGGGACAGCAGGCCAGCCCGCCCGGCCC